AAAUUCUCUUGUAUGGUCACCGGGGUGUGGCGUAGCCUCUAGGCAUCAAUAUCAUCAUCAGUAGCAUCGUGCUCUAUCUCCUUUGCGCUGCUGCUUCACAAAGCGAAGCUUCAUUCUCUCGCUCUUGCUUUGCUUGAAUAUUCUGUUACUUUAGUGGAUUUUGAAAUAUAAUAGUCUCCAUGGAUGAUCGUAAGGAGAAAACUGCUCCCUGGUUAUCGGUUCCACAGUUUGGGGACUGGGAUCAGAAGGGCCAAGUACCGGACUACUCACUGGAUUUCUCAAAAAUCCGGGAAAUGAGGAAGCAGAACAAGACUAAUCUUUCCAGGGCAAGUCUGGGUAAUGAAGAGGAGCUCGUGGCUUCAACCACUGCCAGCGUCAACACUGGGCACAGUGAGGCCCAGCACCCCCACUACCAUCAAAACCACGAGUCUCCCACUACAAGGAAGGGCAUCCUAAGCUGCUUCAACUGCUGUGUGAAAGCAUGACAUGAAAGGGCACGUGCACUGAUCUUCUGAAGAUUGUGAGUGGUGACAAUUGUGCUCGUACACUUUUGAAGAAAACUUACCUUUCCUUUCAAUGCCUUACUUUUGCAUCAAUGAAUGCCAUCGGCUACGAUGAUAGUUUUAAAUUUGAUUAACCCAAUUAGAGUUUUGCAGCUAAAAGCUACUAAAAUGUAAAUGGCCGUUGUGAGUAGUUUUGCAGCUCAUAA